AAGACGUGUUUUUAUUCGAUCAGAGUAUUAUUAUUAGCCACAAUUUUUUUUAAUUCUCAAAUAUGAUAAUUAUAUAUCAUCAUAUGUAUUAUCGUAUUGUAUAUAAUUUUAUAUUAUAAUUUAUUGUAUAUUCAUAAAUCAUUAAUUCGUUGAGAUUAAAUGAAAAAAAUAUUAUAAAAAUAAGACUUAUAGAUCCAUAAAAAAAGCAGAUUUGAUUUAUGUAUGCAUGCUAAUAACACAGUUAAUUUCUAUAUAAAUUAAAUUUAUAAAAUAGAAAAAAUAGAGGAGCAAGAGAUUCUUAUGUAAAUUUAUCAUCGAUAAAGCAGAACUCUAGCAGAUUUCCUUUUAAUCAGUAAAUGGUACCACGUAACAUUUGUAUUACCGAACUAGCUUAUAUUGUAAGAUGGCAACACAUCAUACAGAACUGUUACUAAUUGUUGAAUCGAAUUGAUUCCACGUAUGCAUUUAUACUGUCAUUCCACUCUCUGCAUUAAAGAGAUGAUAACAUCGUGAUAACGCUCGAUUAAAAUACGGUCACUUUGAUGAUAAUAGCUCAGUCCAGGUUUUAUUGCUGUCGUGAGGUGUGGUCAUCGUAAUAAAACUCCGUUAUCAACGAAUUACAUCUGGAAAUUAUAUAUAUAACCAAUAAAUAUGUAUGGAAAUAUUCUCGAAAAUAGUGGGAAGAUAAUAAAUAAUAACAUUAACGUCUCGCGGCUUAUUUGUGUCUGUCUUAAAUGGUUGCAUUAAAUUGUGUAUCUGUGUAUAUGUAUGUGUGCUGUGUACAAAUAUACAUCAUUGAUAUAAUUGUGAUUAUAUAUAAUUAUUUCCCAGCAUUAGAUACUAGAUAUGUUUCCUCCUACCUAUGUCGAGGGUUUUCACGACCCCGAAGCGGUAAGAGCUAUGGAAUACAAAGAGCUCGGGAAAACAGGACUGCUUGUAAGCAAAUUAUCUUUUGGUGCCGGUCCACUCGGCUGCCAUUAUGGCACAUAUGACGAGGCGGACGCUAUCGAAACUGUACGUCAAGCAAUAAAACGAGGCGUCAAUUACAUUGAUACGGCACCGUGGUACGGCCAAGGUCGAUCUGAGGCAACACUUGGCAAGGCGUUAAAAGGAAUUCCACGCAAGGCUUACUACAUCGCGACGAAAGUUGGCAGAUACGAGUUAGAUUACGACAAUAUGUUCGACUUCAGCGUCGAGAAAACGCGGAAGAGUUUUAAAAAGAGUUUGGAUCUGUUAGGAGUGGAUUACGUCGAUGUUAUUCAAGUUCACGAUAUUGAAUUUGCACCUUCAUUAGAUCUAAUAAUCACCCAAACUUUGCCGGAACUGUCGAGAUAUGUGGCCGACGGUAAAGCCAAGCACAUAGGUAUAACUGGAUAUCCGAUCUCCAUACUGAAAGAAUGCAUUGAAAAGAGCAACAUAAAUAUUGCUUGUGUACUGAGUUAUACGAGGCUUACUCUCAUCGACGAUACUUUGCUGGAGUACAUUCCAUUCUUCAAGGAAAACAAGGUUGGUCUAAUUAACGCCUCCGCACCGUGCAUGGGUCUUCUAACAAAUAACGGUCCACCGAGCUGGCAUCCGGCAUCUGAAGAGAUGAAAAAACAAUGUGCAAAUGCUGCACAGUACUGCAAGGAUCAUGAUGUGGAACUCGGCAAAUUGGCGGUAUGGCACUCCAUCCAAUAUGCGGAGACAAUAGACACCAAUUUAGUGGGAAUGCAAAACAUGAAACGGCUGCAGAUGAAUCUGGAUGUAAUACAAAAUGGCAUUACAGAAAAAGAAAAGACAGUGUUGCAGGAAAUUCAACAAAAAUUUUUAUCGACGGUGAAGAAUAAACACUGGGAAGGUAAAGAAAUCCGCAUGUAUCGAGAAGCCACCAAGAAGAGCAUAUGAGAAAAAAAACUUUUAUUUCUGUCGUUUUGUCGAAUUAUAUGACAUUGUAUAACAAUAUUUUGAAAGCAUAAAAACAUUUUCUAAAAAA